AUGGGCCUUACAAAGACCGAGAACGCGCCGGGGCUGUCGUUCGAGCUAGAUCAUCCCCGGUCUCAUUACUCGCCAGGAGACAUUAUCAGUGGCCGUGUAAUCCUUCACACCGCUGAAGACAGUGCAAUUGGUAGAAUAAUCGUCAACUUCUGGGGACGCACCAAAUCAAGAAUCAUUCAACAGCAUGGACAAGCUGUCACUUAUCAUCGUGGGCGGACGCAGCUCUUCAACCAGGAGAAAAUCCUCUAUGAGGGUCAAUAUACUCACAAGCCAGGCUCAUUUACCUUCCCAUUCGAAUUCAAUGUGCCAGAUCGCGCAGAUCCUCUGAAAAUCCUGGCCUGUGAGAAAUGGAAGCCGAAGGAGCAUUUCCCUGGAACAACUGACGAAAACAACCUUGACUUGACGCUCCCUGCUUCUAAUCAUCAUACGAGGAUCAUGUUUGGUCGCCAAGCGGAAUGUUUUGUUGAAUACGUUCUUUCUGCAACAGUCACUGAGCCAGACGGCCUUCACCACAUCCGCAAAGCACAGUCUAAAACAUCCACUGUGCCCAUCACAUUUCAUCCUCUUUCAACCCCAGAACCAAUUAAUGACUGGCAUCAUAUCACAGAUAGCCGCAACCUCACUAUAUCAACCCUCAAACUUUUACCAGAACACGCCGGUACAUCUCUGGGUAUUCGCGAUCGUGCACGUUCGAUUUUUCAGCGUGACUCGAUUCCUAGAUUCUCGUUCAAUGUUCAGGUUCAAGCACCAUCAGUCAUCCAACUUUUGCAUCCAACUCCCAUCCCAUUUCUAAUCACCAUACGGCCCGACCUCUCUCCCAAAAGCACAACCAUCGACGCCUCACAUGGGCUUCCCCUGGUGGUCCUCCGUAGUGCAACCAUUGAGCUUAAGACUUAUGUGCGUUGCCGUGCUGCGGGUACUUUCUCAGACAGCAAGACAUACGGGAUCCCUAUUCUUGCGAACAAACCAAUCAACCAACGGCUAUCAUUUUCUGACAAGCCAAGCGACAUGUCCCUCUCUGCAGAGGAAGGAACACUAGAUCUUGGAAAACUAUGCGACCUGAGACUGGGAAACGCAAACUUGGGCUCGAAGCUAGAAGCGCCGCUCUGCCCCAGCUUCAACACUUUCAACGUGGCCCGAGAAUACCACCUCAUCUGGGAAUUGGAACUGGAAUGUGCCGAGAAAAUCGAAAAGUUUAGUUCCCAGAAAAACGGUCCUGCCUGCCAAGUUAUUAUGCCAGCAGCGACCUCUCAAGCCACGUUCCCUGCCAUCGGUGACACGGAAAUGCUUGGAGCAGAACUGAUCCAGGCGCAGUCAUCAGGUUCAAGUGGCUUUUGGUCUCGUCGGCGCACGUCAGGUGAAUCAGGCGGAACUAGAACUCCAGUGAGAGGCGAAAAAGAGAAAGCAGGUUUCACUCCGGCAAGCAGAGCUCUAGUGUCGAACGAGAAGCGCACUCUACAGGCCAAGACCAAAGCACAGGAAGCUGCGGAAGACCGAGCACAAAGUCAAGCAGAGGACCGCGAAUUCCACAAUCCAUACGAGAACUCCUAUGCCGGCGAAGUCGGUGACGACACCGCCAUGGACAGUGACGCCCCGCGAGUACAUCAUACCAAUGCGACAGCACCCAGGGUUUCGGUCACGGAUGCUGGCGGUUUGGAUGACGGUAACCAGCUGCCCAAGUAUGUCCCAUGA